AUGGGUCUUCUCUCUUCAUUAAAAUCCAAGGCUAGGAUUCGCAAGUCAGAGAGUGACUGCAACUCCGAGUCUUCUGGCGACGACAAAGAGAUUGACGGCUUUCAAAAAAGUACAGCAUCGUCCAGCAGCUUCCUCGCCACCAGCAGCCUGGACAUCCAUGCCAUCGGCUACGACACGAAUCAGGCCCUCACCGGCAAGACGCUGGAGAACAUCUCCGUCCACCGUGCAGAGUCUGGACAGACCGAAUACCUAUCCAUCCGGCCAAAGAAAACUUCCAACUCAUGCGCGCUGGUGCGGGCGUCGGAUCAAGACCGCGCUCUCAUCUCCACCAUCUACCGCAUCGGCCCUGGCAGACAUCCCAAAAUGCACAUUCUGCCAGCCAACGCCAGAGUCACCGUCGACGCGGCCCUGCACGACAAGGCGGCCAUCCCCGGCGAGGAGGUCGAGGUCAAGAGCCGCUCCUUUGCCUCGCGCGCGCAAGUGUUUGACACGGCGCUGGGCAAGUUUCAGUGGCGCUACGGCAGCCGCGAGGAGAAGAGGGCGUGCGACAAUGCCGAUUCGCUUCUGGUCAUGGAGGGGGCUGACGGCGCCCGGGUCGCCCAGCUCGUUCGCAACGCGGAUCUCCGCACCGCCGGCACAUUACGGUACUCGGGCGGCAACGGGGGUCGCUUGAUGAUUGACCUGCACGAGUGGGAAAAUAGCGACAAGGCGUGCGCGGAUGGCGUAGAAGCUUUCGCGGUCGCUAGCUGUAUACUGAUGCUGAAGAGGGAGGCGGAUCGCUUCAUCAAUAAUACCGUCGCCGCUGUGGUAUAG